UGGGCCGCGGCCGCUUCUGUCUGAAGCGUCGGAGUUCUGGAUAGGGCACUUCGCUUCCUUUUCUGCGCCACAGGAAACGGCGCUGGCCUGCCUUUCCCCUCAUAGUUGAAUGUAAAAAAACUUGGAACACCGAGUUUGUGGCAGCAGAGGGCUAGGGAUUCGCUCGACUGUGUCGAUUUCUCUCAAGUCUGCUCCCCACGGGCGGGACCCCAGCGCUGCUCUUCCGUGGUCUCGAGCGUUUACGCGCUGUGGACUGAGUUCUUGGCCAGCCGGGCGGCUUUCGGCCCCGCCACGUCUGAAAACAGCCUUUGCUGAGAGGUAACCCAAGAUUUCAUUUUCAAGAUGGAAAGCCCAUCAGACUCAGCGGUGAUUGCACCUAGCACCCCACAGGCCUGUGCGAAUCCGCCAUCUUCCCUUGCAAGGAGCUCAGGAAAACAACCUAUGAGUGCAACACUUAGAGAAAGGUUAAGGAAAACAAGAUUUUCAUUUAAUUCCUGUUACAGUGUGGUGAAACGUCUUAAAGUUGAUGAUGAAGAAAAUGAUCAGAACUUGUCAGAGAAGCCACCCUCUGCCACAGAAGAAAACUGUUUGGAAUUUCAAGAAAGUUUUAAACGCAUAGACAGUGAACUUGAAGAAAGUACACAUUUGAAAAAUACAUUCAAGAACGUCAGUGCAUGUGAAGCUACCUCACUUGAUACAAGGCCAUGCAGUGUUCUCCAAAAUGACUUCGAGAAGGAGAAUCUUCCUAUACAAGGAUUGAAGGAAGAAAGAGCAAAAUUGGUGAAGCAGGUUCAGGAAAAAGAGGACCUUCUUCGGAGGCUAAAAUUAGUCAAAAUGUAUAGAUCGAAGAAUGACCUGUCUCAAUUACAGUCAUUAAUAAAGAAGUGGAGAAACUGUAGCCAGUUGUUGCUUUAUGAACUGCACUCGGCUAUGUCUGAAGAAAACAAGAAGUUGAGCCUCACUCAACUGGUGGACCACUAUGGGUUAGAUGACAAGUUGAUACACUAUAACAGAAGUGAAGAAGAAUUCAUAGAUGCUUAAUUCAUAAUUUUUUUUUUCCAGAAUAUCUUUGAGAAUGCCAACUUAAUUAAAAGACACACAUUUCAGGGCUUAGAGGAAGGUAUUCUGUUGAACAUCAGUUUAGGGCCCUCUACUAUACAGACUAAGUUAUAAAAUGAGAAUUUAGUAUUUUGGCUAACUUUGCCAAAAAGAAGUUGACAUUUAAAGAAAUGUGAAAAAAAUUUAAAUCAUGCUUAUAAGAUAAAAUUCAGAUAAGUCUGGAAACCAGUUUUAGUACAUGUUUUUUGUGGCAAAAGUUUUAAAUGUAAAAGAACAGUCCAGUCUGGUGAAUCUAAACCUAUCUAAAAAUUCCUGCCUGUUAACUAAGUUUAUGAAUCUUAUUUCUAUCCAUUUACUAUGUAUUUCCAUCUGAUGAUCUAGCAGGUAAUUAAACUAUGUCCAAAAUCAU